CUGCCAACUCUUCUAUCUGGGCUCCAUCGACGUGGAAGGCAUGAUGGGCCCCACAGCGGUCCAAUUUGCCAUAGAUACACUCUUUAGGUUGGCAAAUAGCGUGGUUCGCCCAACAGAGGUCAACUUUCGUGUUAGCUCAGAAGGCAUAACCAUGACUGAUGUAUACCGGCGAGUAUUCUUCCGAAGGCACUACACUACCAGCAGUCUUGUAUAUUUUGGCAUGGAUCCGAAGAAGCGAAUGUAA